AUGCUCCAACUUCAAAGGCGUCUCGGUCAGCAGGAGUGGGCAGCACAGCUGUGUGAGCGUGAGCGUGAUCUGCAGCGGAGAGAGAGUGCGUUCCUGCAGCAGCAGCGAGGCGCUCACAGACUCAGAGGAGUCGAGCAGGAACAGCAGAGACGCGUCCAGAGCCUGCAGCAGCAAUAUCAGCAAGAGAAAAGUGAGCUGGAAGCGGCUCUGAAGCAGAAAACCAAAGAGAAUAAGAGGAUGAAGGCCAGCUUUGACUCCAUGAAGGAAUUAAAUGAUUCUAUGAAGAAACAGCUUAAUGAGCUCAGUGAGCAGAACAGGAAGCUGGAAUGUCAGUCACGGAAAGUUCAAGCUCGACUGGAGAACCUGCAGAGAAAGUACGAGUCCUUCACGACACACAGGAGCCGAGAAGCAGCUGCUCCUAAAGCGUUCGACCCCAAACCCAGCAAACCAGAGAAACCGCAGUCAAGUAAAGCAGCAGGCAAGGCCGUCACACACGGGCUGCUGGCGCUGCUGCUGGAUUGGCUGGUGGACGGUCAGCUGAUGGAGGUCAGAGACGGGUCGAGGCCUUCCUCGCAGGAGAGAUGCGCCAGGGUUCUGCCCAUGCUGGUGGAGCAGCUUCAUGGAGCGGUUGCUGCUGCGGUGGAGCCGUCUCUGCUGCUGCGGUCUCUGCUGCGCUGCAUCUACUGCUGCCUGCUGCAUCUGGAGCGCAGCUCACAGCACACCGUCCUGACCUCCACGCUGAGGAGGCUGGGUGAGGAGGUGUCUCGAGGAUCGCGCGUCUGUCCGCUCUUCAAGAGCUCCUGUCUCCUCACGCGCUUCUUGUGCAGCCUCAUCAUCAUCAAGACCAUCAGCCAAGUGGAUGUUCUGGCUCAGGCUGUGGAGGUGCUGUCCUGUGCGGUUCGCUCCGAUGAAGGGCAGGCUCUGUUCCUGGAGUACCAGGCUCUGCCGGUGGUUCUGGCUCUGCUGAGAUCUGCCAGUCCCGCUCUUCUGGCUCCGUCGCUGGAUGUGCUGCUGCAGAUGAGCUCAGAAUCACGAACGCUGUCGGCUUUUCUGGAUCAGUGCAGCUCCGAGGAUUUCUUCCGCUGCGCCUCGCUGUUCCUCCGUAACCCUCGUCUGGAGCCGCCGCUGCUGGAGAAGAUGCUGAUGCUGCUGCAGAAGCUCUCCAGCGUCCGGAAGAACAAGCGUCUGUUCGAAGCGUCGGCGCUGCGUUUGCUGCUGCAGGAGAUGCACAGGACCAGCGGCCGCAGUCAAGCCUUCAUCAGCAUCAACCUCAGCUCCAUCCUCCUCAAUCUGGGCACGCUCACACGCUCCUGACACGCCAAACACCUCAUCACAUACGUGCCUCCAUGCUCUGCGUCUGCAGUCAGUCACUCACGCUCGUCUGCUGAAAGCCUGAGCUGCUGUUUCCACAUCAAACCGCAUGCUGCUUUUAUACUAGCAAGCUCCCAAAUGAGCAAUGAGGAAUCACAACAGUAUGAAACCUGUGUUUAUAAUCGGUGGAGAGGAAGAUUAUGAGUGAAUAAUAAUCUCACAAACUAUAGACUGAUGCUGUUAUGAUGCUUCAAUGGGGAUUUUUGACAUUUUUGGAGUUUAGCAGUAUAAACCAUCAGCAGAGAGCAGCUCGGAAGAAGAAAACAAUAUGCCUUGAAACAUUUGUAGGAUAGUGCAAUUUUAUUAAUUUUUUUGUAUACAUUGAAAUAAUGAUUUUGAUGUUUUAUACUGUAAACAAC